AUGGCCCCCAGCGCACUCCAAGACUCGCCUCCUCCUCUAGCGGCCGCCAAAGCCGGCGGCCAGGCGCUCGAAGACGUGUCCGACGCCGUCGACGCCGUCAACGCCCUCAAGUACGACGCGGCCUCGCAGUUCGACACGGCCAAGGACAAGACGGCGUUUCGGCAGUACGAGACGGCGUGCGACCGGGUCCGGCUCUUUUACGCGGAGCAGCACGCCAAGCAGACGGUCGCGUACAACCUCGCGGCGCGCAACCGCUUCCACGCCUCGUCGCGGGCGCGCCCCGAGCUCACCGUCUGGCAGGCCAUGGAGAAGCUCGACACGCUCGUCGACGAGUCGGACCCGGACACGUCGCUGUCGCAGAUUGGGCACCUGCUGCAGUCGGCCGAGGCCAUCCGCCGCGACGGCAAGCCCCGCUGGAUGCAGGCCACCGGGCUCGUCCACGACCUCGGCAAGCUCAUGCUCUUCUUUGACGCCCUCGGCACCCAGGGCCAGUGGGACGUCGUCGGCGACACCUUCCCCGUCGGGUGCGCGUUUGACCCCCGCAUCGUGCUCGCCGCGAGCACCUUUGCCGCUAACCCGGACACCCGCGACCCCGUCUACGCCUCGCCGCUCGGCAUCUACGCCCCCGGCUGCGGCCUCGACAACGUCAUGCUCAGCUGGGGCCACGACGAGUACCUGUACCACGUCCUGCGCGACCAGUCCACCCUGCCUGACGAGGCCCUCGCCAUGAUCCGCUACCACUCCUUCUACCCCUGGCACCGCGAGGGCGCGUACCGCGAGCUCAUGGCCCCCAAAGACUGGGACAUGCUCAAGGCCGUCCAGGCGUUUAACCCGUACGACCUCUACAGCAAGAGCGACGACGUGCCGAGUGUGGAUGAGCUCAAGCCCUACUACAUGGAGCUGAUUGACGAGUUUUUCCCGCAAAAGGUGCUCAAGUGGUAG